CAAAUUAACACUCGCCUUAAAAUGUGUAUAUAGGGACGACGAAGUUCUUGUGUCAGCAUCUUGCAUCCCGCCACUCACACUAUUCGGUCCUUUAAUGCACCCAGUGGAAUCUCUAUUAUUGUAGAGAGCUGCGUAUUCGGAGCUGAAGUGCGAGUGACAAUGGCUGAUGAGAGAACACCUUCGGUAGCAUCACCAUCGAACACUGCCGAAAUCGAAUUGGCGCUAAUGCCACAACAAUCCGGCAUUCGCGCGUCAUCUGAGGAUUGGACUGGUGUGACAAAUCGUGCCAAAAGAAGAAAACUGCAGAAUCUGUUGAAUCAGAGAGCAUAUCGUUUGAGGCGACAAGACACCACAAACAAAGCAAUCGAUGGGAAACGAGAGCGCAGGAACAAUAGGAGAAAAUAUAAACACGACGAUACUCUAACGUGUGGGAGAAUAACCAAAGACCCUCAGAUUCACUGCCCCUCAGAUUUACAGGAACGUAUGCAUCGGUUUGAGGCUCUUGCCAUCCAAAGCUAUCUCAAUGCAUCGCCAGAUCUAAGUCAUCUCAUUUCUCUCUGCAAACUCAACGUCCAACGUGCCAUCCAUGAUAAUAUUUUGACAAUGGGCAUGACAAAGGAAUGGCUUUGUGCAGACGAAAUCGUAUCCAUUUUCAAUCAAGCAUCCUGCGGCUUUUCUGAGGAGUCGAUCCCACCGAGUCUGCGCCCAACGGCGCUCCAACGAGCAACACCACACCAUCCUUGGCUUGAUACAUUUCCGUUUCCCCAAAUGAGAGAUAAUCUGAUCUCGAGGACAAGUUACUUUGACGACGAUGAGUUGUGUCAUGAUUUGAUGGCUUUCUGGGAUACCCGCAAUACAGAAGCGACUCUCUUAGUCUGGGGUCCGCCUUGGGAUCCAUCUAAUUGGGAAGUCACCGAAGCAUUCGCUCGAAAAUGGGGUUGGAUUCUCAAGGGAUGUCCAGAUCUCUUAAUAUACACCAAUCGCUGGCGUGUGCGAAGGGGGGAGAAGCCACUAAGUUGGAGCCAGAUUCUCAUGCUGGGAAAAAUCACAACACAGGAUGGAAAGACCCAGACUUCUUAGAACAGUAACAGAAAGAUAAAAUAAAAACUGCAAUCCAGAUCUAGCCGGUUUACAUAUUUCCGCGUUUCAGUGCUCAGAUCUGCUCAUGGGGAGUUAGGAUUACCUCUGUUAAGGAGAAC